GAUAGAGAGAGAGAGAGAGAGAGAGAGAGAGAGAGAGAUCUGAUAUCGAAAAUGGGAAGUAGUAGUAGUGAGAGAGUGGAAGGGCAGAACAUGUACAAGGAAUGGAUGAGUUUUCAAGAACAAGAACUCACUGAGCUCAUCCAUUCCUUAAACCUCAACAAAACAACUGCCACCACUUCCGAUAAUGAUGCCGAGAUAAACGCACUUCUUGAUAAAGCCACUCAAAGUUUCCAGGACUAUAUCGAAAGGCGGAACCGCCUCGCCCGCCGCGACACCUCAGCUUUCUUCUCCCCGCGGUGGUGCUCCUCCUUCGAGAGCUCCAUGUUAUGGAUAGCUGGCUGCAGACCUUCUUCUUUCUUCAAUCUCUUUUAUGCGCUCUGUGGUUCAGAUAUCGAUUCCAGACUCUCUCAGUUUCUCCAAGAUGGGAAAAGUGACGAGUUUCCACAGCUGUCACCGAGUCAACUCGUUGCAAUAGACAAUCUGCAGAGAAGAACAAUAGUUGAGGAAGAGAAGCUGACAAGCCAAUUUGCUAGCUUGCAGCAGGACAAAGCUGACGUGCCAUUGGCACUCAUAGCAAGAAAACUGGAGGGCCCACAAUACGAGCUGAACGAAGAUGUAAGAGAAACGAUCGCCGAAAUCGAAAAGGCGAUGGUUUGUUUGAUGGAGGAAGCUGAUAAUUUGAGGCUUGAAACAUUUAAGGAAAUGGUGAAAAUACUUAAACCUGUGCAGGCUUUGGAGUUCAUUAUUGCUGCUAAGAAACUGCGUGUUUGUGUUCGAUCUUGGGGCGAGGAGCGAGACCGCGAACAUGGUCAGGAAGACAAGGAAUAAUCAUAAUAAAAUAAUUAUGGGUUUUGAGGAAGCUAUUUUGUUGGUUCAUUAAUGGUGUUUCUUGUUUAUUGUUUGUGUGUGUGUUUUGUUUUAUUUUAUUUUAAUGAUGUCCGAAUUUGGGUUGUUUAGUAAGCUGCAAUAAUUUGGAGGGAAGAUGAAUUGUUGGUCACGUUUUUUAUUAAUAAUUUUUUUGAAUGUUGAA